AAUAUAAUCUCGAAACACCGAAACGCUCUACUUAUCAUCUUUGUUUUCUGCGAAUUGUAGAGCUAGAAAGAAAAUUUGUGCCGCAAACCCUAACCCUAGAAAACCCUGAUAAUCAAUCAUGUCUCACUUUGGAAGAUCUGGUCCUCCAGAUAUCAGAGAUACUUACUCUCUUCUUGUUCUUAACAUCACCUUCCGUACUACUGCUGAUGAUCUUUUCCCUCUAUUUGAUAAGUACGGCAAAGUUGUUGAUAUUUUCAUACCAAGAGAUCGAAGGACUGGAGAUUCUCGUGGAUUUGCUUUCGUUCGAUACAAAUAUCCAGAUGAAGCUUCAAAAGCUGUUGAAAAGCUUGAUGGAAGGAAUGUUGAUGGAAGGGAUAUUAUGGUUCAAUUUGCAAAGUAUGGUCCCAAUGCUGAACGAAUCUCUAAAGGAAGAGUAAGUGAACCAGUAGCAAAGACUAGAGGGAGUCGGGAACGGUCUAGAAGCCGCAGCCCCCGUCGAAGUUCCAGGUCUCGUGACGAGCAUAGGGGUCGAGAUAGUAGAAGGAGAAGUCGUAGUAGGAGUCGGGAACGAUAUGAUGACAGAUCUCGUGGGAGGGGUAGAGAUUCACGCCACCGCAGUAGGACCCGCAGCUUAACUCCUGAUUACCGGAAGGGUGGUAGUCGAAGUCGAUAUGAGGAAGAGCGCCGAAGGAGCAGAAGCAAGUCCGCCGGCAGUGCCUCUCCUGUUCGGCGCAGUCCUAGUCCCAGGAAAAGGAGUUUAUCUCCUCGCAGGACUCCUCCUAGGGGUGAAAGCCCUGAUAGACGCAGUCAUGAAAGUCCCAGAAAAAGGAGCCCAUCUCCUAUUCCUAGAAGUGUUUCUCCACAGCGUGAACCUGCUCGUUCUCGUAGCCCAUCACAACAGAAUUCUGAUGCCGAUGACUGAGGCUGAACUUAUAUUGCAGGACUGAUGCAAGGGUUACAUAAUGGACAAGUCACAUCCUUCAAGUAGCUGUGUUCUUUAAAAGGUGGUGGGUGUUUGCAUGUUCUCGUCAAAGUACUGAGUGCAUGUACUGGUAGACUUAGAUCGUUUUCAAGGUUGAUUAUUGCUUUGUUGAACUUAAAUCAUCGAUGCACUUGAUGCAGCAGUUAAGUAGUCUGUGAACCUUUUUUUCAGUUUGUCAAAUAUUUGAGUUAUUGGACUUAAUGAAUGAAUGCAUGUAGUUCGAAGAUUUAAUAGUUUGUGUCUUGAGAGCUUUGUUUGCUUCUGUUUCACAUAAGUUCGUAUUUGCAUU